UUGAGGUGGACAUCCACAAUGACAUCGUCCCGUGUGACACAACGUGCACUGAGGCCAACAUACAUUUGAGCAUUUACCAUGGCUUGGCGGGACGCGUUCGACUGGGAAAACUACUCGCUGCCGCUGGUGCUUCGCGUGGCCCAAACUCUCUUUGCGUUGAUUGCACUCCUGACGUCCACGGCACUCACCAGCGCCGCGGCGGGCGUCCUCGCGCUGAUUCUUAGCCUCGUGGUGACCCUCUACGGCGCAGUGUACUUUGCAGCCGUGUCCAAGAUGAACCUGGUAAAACUUCGGGCGACCACCAAGCUUGCAGCGGAGUGCAUCGUCGUGGCCGUGCUGCUGGCAGCCCUCGUGCUGGUCGCAUCCAGCCCCGCGGCAUUCAUCAUUAGCACCAGUGCCGCGACUGCGUGCUGCGUGUUCCUCGGGUUUGGUCUUGUCGUGCAAGUCGUGCUCGUGAAAAUCACCUACACGGACGAGUACUUGUACGAAAAGGAAGCCGCCGCCGACGUAGUCAGCACCCCCGCUGUCCACGACGACGUAUAAGCCGCCGUCGACGCAAUAUAACUUACUGUUAAUACUAUUUGGAUUCGUGUGUCAGCAA